AUGAUCGAGAUAAAUGAUGAUGAAUGUGAUGGUGCCUUGCGAAUUGAGAAUGUGAAUGUUGAUGAGGAGAAAGAUAAGAAAGAAUGUAAAGACGAUGAAGUUGAGGAAGAAGGUAAAAAUGUGGAAGAUGGUAAAGAUGAUGAAGUUGAGGAAGAUAAGGGGCAUUUUGAAAGGAAAAAGAGAAAGAAAGUUUCCAAAGCUCAUACCGAAUUCAUUGAAGUGAUCAGAAAUGAUGGAAAUUUUAAGUACCAAUAUACAUAUUGCAAAAGUCUUCUUUCUAGGCCAACUACCGGUACAACAAGUCAUCUUUGGAAUCACUUGAAGAGGUGCGUGCAAAAGAAAAUGCACACUGAAAAGCAAAAGACAUUGCAAUUUCAGCCUAUCAAAUCCAAAUUUGAGAUGAAUCCUUUAUCAGAGGCUACAUUUAGUGCAGGAACGCGAGUGUUGGAUCCUUAUCGAUCAAGGUUAACAUUUGAUAUGGUACAAGUGUUGAUUUGUGGAGCAGAUUGGGUUCGUCAGAUUCAUGGGAUCAAGAAACCCCUUAUGACAUAUGUGAGUUCUCUAUUUAUUUUAUAA